GCUAUAUAGGAGCAGAAUUUUUGUGUGCUAUUGAAGCUAAGUUCGUAUCACUUGUUUUAGGAUGUUCAUGUAAACACUAAGAAAAUAUCUGGCAAAUGUAUACAGAAGGAAUUAAAGAGAAAAUUACUUUUGCAAAAAAUUAACUGAACCCAAAAGUAGGCAGCAAUAGAGGAAUUAAGGGAUGCAAUGUAAAAGAUGUACCAAAAAUAAAUAGCAAAGCCAGGCAAGGUGACACACACCUGUAAUCCCAGAGGCUCAGAAAGCUGAGGCAAGAGGAUUUCAAGUUCAAAGCCAGCCUCAGCAACUUAAUGAGGCCCUGUCUCAAAAUAAAAAAGGGCUAGGAAUGUGGCUGAGUGGUUAAGUAUAUCUGGUUUCAAUCCCUGGUAUCAACAACAACAAGUAGCAAAAUGUCCUUCCUUUUUACUAACCACUUUAAAUGUAAAUGGAUUAAACUUCCCAGUCAGAAGGCAGGUAUUGACAAAAUGAAUAGAAAAGCACAGUCCAACUGUAUGCUGUCUACAGAAGGCUUACUUUAGAUUCAAAGAUAUAAGCUUAAAGUGAAGUGAGAUGUGAAAAAGAUGUUCCAUGUAAAUCAUAACCCAAAGAGAACUGGGAUGACUAUGCUAAUAUCAGACAAAACAAACUAAGUCAAAAUUUCUUACCAGAAAGGAAGGAGGUCAUUAUAUGGAGACCUCAGUACCCUUAUCCCAAAGUAUAGCUAGAACAUGUAGACAGAAUAUCAUUAAGGAAAGAGGGGACUUGAGCGACACUGUAAAAUAAUUGGACUUGAAUGCUUCUGUCCUUCUGAAAUUCAUUUCUGUUAUGAAUCCCUAAUGUAUUGAUAUUAAAAUGAGGAUAUGGGGAGAUGAUUAGGAUCUACAUCUACAACUAAAAAAAAAGAAAUUUUUUUAAAGGAAGAAAAAUAUCUAAUCAGUAACCUAACUUUACAUCUUGAGAAACUACAAAAAGAAGAGCAAACUAAACUCAAAGCUCCAGAAGGAAGCAAAUAAUAAAGAUUAGAUCAAAGAUGAGUAAAAUAGAAAAACCAUAGAAUCAACACAGGCAAAAAUUCUUGAAAAGAUUAGCACAAGUGGUAAAACCCUUAGAUUUACAAAGGACAAAAGAUGAUGUGACUGAUGGGCUGAGGUUGUGGCUCAGUGGUAAAGUGCUCGCCUAGCAUGUGUGAGGCACGGGGUUCGAUCCUCAGCACCACAUAGAGAUGAAGUGAAGAUAUUGUGUCCACGUAAAACUAAAAUAAAUAAAAGAUGAUGUGACUGAAAGUAGGAAUAUUAUUACCAACCUUACCAAAAAAGGAAGAUAUAAUACCGUGAAUGGUUUUGUACCAACAGGUUAGAUAGGCUGUAAGAAAGCAAAAAAAUUUAUAGAAACACAAAAAUUAUGAAAAUUGACUCUAUCUAAACAUACCAGUAACAAACAACAAGUUUGAAUUAGUAAUUAAAACUCCCAGCAAAGAAAAGUUAAGAAUUAAACUACCUUCACUGCUAGCAUUUAAUGAAUACCCAACUUUCUCAAUUCUUUCAGCAUAUUGAAGAGGAGGGAACAUUAAUUUAUUCUGUGAGGCCAGCAAUAAAUACCCUGAUACCCAAGCCAAACAAAGAGCCUAUAAAAAAAGAAAAUUACAAACCUGUAUCACUUAUGGCUAAAGAUGCAAAUCUCUGAAAAGCAUAAUAUCAAACUAAAUACAGGAACAUCUUAAAAGUAUUCUAUCCUAUGACCACAUGGGGUUUAGCCCAGGAGUAGAAGAGUAUUUCAGCUCCAAGAGAGCCAAUCAGUGUGAUCCACCAAAGGAACAGAAAGAAGUAUGAAAACCAUGAUCACCUCAACUCAUGCAGAAAAAAACUGGGCAAAUUCCAACUUUGAUGAUUUUAAAAAAACCAAACAAACUGAUAAAAGGCACAUGGGGAAAACCACAGCUGACAUCAUGCUCAGAAGUAAAAGACUAACAUUUGCCCUAAUAUUAGGAACAGGAGAGAGAUGGCCUGCAUCACCACUGCUGCUCAGCAUUGUACUGGAAGUACAGAUUCCAGAGCAGUUAGACAAGAAAAUGAAAUAACCAAUGUCCAAAGCAGAAAGAAAGAUGUAAAAUGAUUUCCAUAAGACAACUCCAUAUGUAUGAACCACAGAAUCCACAGGAAAACUACUAGAGCUAAUAAAUUCAGCAAAAGUUUGGGGCCCAGAUCACUGUUUACACACACCAGCAAUGAACCAAUCUGAAGGGGAAUUAAGAACACACUUCUAUUUACAUUAGCAUCAGUGGUAGGGGGAAAUCCCAGGAAUAAUUUUAAUCAAGAAGAUAUAAAACUUAUUCACCAAAGACUGCAAAACAUUGUUAAAAAAGAUCAAAGCAAGCAAGAAAACAGAAGACAUCUUGUGUUCACAACUUGGAGGACUUAAUAUUCUUAAGAUGCCCAAACUAUACAAAAUGGCUACAGAUUCAGUGCAAUUUCUAUCAAAAUUUCAGUGGCAUUUUUUUGCAGAACCUAAAAGGUUCAUCCUUAAAUUCAUGUGGAAUUACAAAGGGCCCUGAAUGGCCAGUCUUGGAGAACAGAGUUGGAGGAUUUACGUGACUCGGUUUCAGGCUUACUACAAAACUGCAGUAGUCAAAAUUGUUUGGUCCUGUCAUGAAGAUGGAAUUGACUAUCCAGAAAUAAAUCCAUACAUCUGUGACCAGUUGCUUUUUAGCAGGGAUGAUAAGAUCUUCCAGUCUAUGAGGAAAGAUAGCCCUUCAAUACAUGGCACUGUAGCAAGUAACCCAACAUCCCAGAGUUGGAACCAGGCACAGCAGUGCACACCUGUGAUCCUGGCAACUCAGGGGGCUGAGGAGGAAGAUCACAAGUUCAAGGGAAAGUUUUAUUUUGUUUUUUAAUUUUGUUAAUUUUGUUAAUUUUUUAGUUGUUGAUGGAUUUUUAUUUAUUUAUAUGUGGUGCUGAGACUCAAACCCAAUGCCUGGCACAUGCUAGGCAAGCCCUGUACCACUGAGCUACAACCCCAGCCCAAGGCAAAGUUUGAUCACAAGUUUUGAGUCUCAAUUUUUCAAAAAGGGUGGGGGAACUUGGGCUGUAUCUCAAUGGUAAAGCACCUCUGGGUUCAAUCCCCAGUACAAAAAAAAAAAAUGAAGCUGGAUUCCUACCAAUGCUGUAUACAGAAAUUAAUUGAAAUGAAUCAAAGAUAUUAAGAGCUUAGAAAGCAUCAAAGUCUUGGAAGGAAAUAGGAGCAAAUCUUCACAACCCUGCAUUUGGCAAUGAAUUCAUUAGAACAUCAAAGGCACAAGCAACAAAAGAAAAAUAAAUGAAUUUGACUUGAUCAAUCAAAGGACAUUAUCAAGAAAGUACAAAGACAUCCUACAUAAUGGGGGCAAAUCUUUGUAAAUCAUGUUAUGUGAUAAAGGUCUAGUACUGGAAUAUAUUAAAGAAGUCUUACAAUCCAACAACAAAACAACACACCUUAAAAAUGGACAAGGAGCCAGGUGUGGUGGCACAUGCCUGUAAUCCCAGCAACUUGUGAGGUUGAGGCAGGUUUGCAAGUCCAAGACCAGCCUCAGCAACUUGCAAGAUUCUGUCUCAAAAUACAUUUUGAAAAAUGGGCUAGGGAAGUAGCUCAGUAGUAGAGCAACCCUUGGUUCUAUCCCCAUUACCGGAGUAGGCAAUGGGUUUGGAGGGCUGUGGGUAGGCAAAAGACUGACUACAAAUAAAUGACUAACAAAUGAAAAGAGGCUUAACAUCAUUAGUCAGUAAAGAACUGCAAAUCAAAACCAGAAUCAGAUUGCCACUAGAGUGUCUGUCCACAAUAAAAAUAAAAAUUAAAAAAAAAAAAAGACAUUGCUCUGUAAUGAAGGGUGGGUGGUUGCAUAGCACUGUGAACGUGCUAAAUGCCACCAAGUUGCUUACUGUAGAAUAGUUAACUUCCGUAGUGUGAGUUCCAUCCUAAUAAAUCAUAAAAUGGAAACAGAAUCCCCUGCAAGAGGUGGGCAUAGUGGAGCCACCUGAAUGUGAGGUGUUUCUUUGGGGUCUGUACCACAGGUGGGCUGGCCUUGCACUGAGAUGGCUGCUACACCCCAUGAUUUGUGACAGGUGACAGUCAUGUGGGAUCCCAGGAGUGUGGUCAUGGCUAACGGACUCGAAGCCAUGUUGCACACAUCUGAAAGCCAUUAUUCAAACACCAUUCACAGAAAGGUAUUGUCUCCCAAAGGAAAUACUGUCAGAUGAUUUUGUGCUAGAAGGGCUGACUCCCAGUACAUAAGAAUGUAGUGCAGGCAACUGUUUACUGUCAGAUCUUUUCCUUUGCCUUUAAACAUAAGUUUUAGUAAUAUUUCCUAGAUUUUCCUAAAUGGAAACUAUUUUUCUGAUUUUUAUAGUUCCUUUUUAAAGAACUUUUUAUCAUUCUUUGCUACAGUUUGCAGGUUGCAAAGAUAAAGUACAUCGAAUUUAAUAAGUCCAUAAAGUGAUCUUCUACCAUUCACAGAAUUCAUUUUUGAUACCUGUCUCAAUAAAACUGAUUUAAACCAUGACUCAGGCUAGAAAGCCCUAUUGUCACACCAGUGACAUUCAGUCAGGACACCAGAUUCCGCUGGCAGACUGUAUUUUAUGGCUAGCAGGCUUAUACUGGUUUUGAGGGUUUUUAAGGGUUGUUUGUUUUUUAAAAAAAAAAAACAACAAAGAUCAUUUCACAAGCCAAGCAACCAAAAAGCUUCAGAUAGGUUCUCUCUGACCUGUACAGAAAAUCAUUACUGACUGCUGUUUCUAGACCCCAUGGAGCCCGGGUUCCUGCAGUCUGUGUGGAAUAUGACACAAAGGGCAGCAGGAAGGAAAGAGGCACCACUGUCCCUGUAGGCAUAGGUAGCAGUUCCAUGGGUGUACUGCAUCCUGCAGGGGCACUGUGGCUGAGAAUGCCUGUGAGAAGCAUGAAGCCUCACCAUAGACACAUGAGUGCAGCAGGCAGCAGCUGGGCCUGUGAGGGCUGGCCAUGUGGCCAGAUCAGUCUGCAGUGAUGCCAUUGGCAGCUCCUGGGCACAGAUAUGUCCAUGCUGGAAGCAAGUUCUGGAUGUCACAGAUAGAAUAGGGAGAAGCACUGAGAGAACAGGACAAAGGUACCAUUAGGCCAAGGAGGCAGCACAGGGCACUGGAAGGGUACCCCUCACCACCAAGCAUCAGUGACUGCAGCUGGCCGUCCUAUGUCAGGGAGUGGUCCAGGCAGUAUAGGAGACAGCAGGGACAGGUGAUGAAGAGAAGGGGGUUGGCAUACAUACAGUGGUCAGGGAAAGGCUGUCUAGCAAGGUGUGUUUGAGCAGAGGCCAGCAGGAAGGCCACAUGGAGAGUGUUCCAGGCAGGGUGAGCACCAUAACUUGGAACUGGCUUUGCUUCUUAUAAAGGAACAGGCUGCUGCUCAUCUGAAGCAGGCUUUAUCUCCCAUGCUGGUGAAUCCUGAGACCAAGCCUGAAUGCCACAAGCUGGCACUGAGAGAACAAAAGAUGGGCCUAAGAGGUUUUUGGUAUGAAGAAAAAAGAUUGUGGUAUUAGGACAGAGGACAAGGAGUUUCACCCAAAGGAAGACGUUUUGGAGGAUUUGGAAUCACAGGCAGAAAUGUCAGAAGACUGUGCUGGUGAUAUUUCCCAGGUAUCUGAGCUUGGAGGACUUUGUGAUGACAUAUUAGCCAGAGACUGGGGUGUCCCUGAAGGCAAGAGCCUGGGGCAGUCCACACACCGGGAUGGAGAUUUGAUGUCAGUAACAGUGCUCCUUAAGGGCCCUUUAGGGGAGAAAGGUCUGGACUGCAGUGGUGUUGACCAAAGCUUCAAUCUGAGCCCCAGCCAGAUGACACAUCAGGAAGUCCCUACAAAAGAGAAGCUGCAUCCAGAUGACACAGAUGGCCAGAGCUUUCAACACAGUGUGUACCUAAGUGGCCCUGAGGGGCUUCCCAUAGCUGAAAGCCCACUCAUAUGUAAUGGGUGUGGAAAAACCUUCAGUGGCAACCUUGACCUUAUUCAGCAUCAGAUAAACAGCACUGGAGAGAAGUCCUGUGAGUGCAGUGAAUGUGGAGCACCCUUCAGUCAGAACUCGGUUGUUAAAAAACCCCAUCGAGCUCACUUGAAUAUGAAAGCCUACCAGGGGCACACAGGCCCUGCUGGGUGUCAGGGUCUCCCCAGCAGUGAGAAGCCGUAUGUGUGUAAUGAAUGUGGGAGAGCCUUCAGCCAGAACGCAAGCCUUAAAAAGCACCAAAAGUCUCACAUGAAUGAGAAGCCCUAUGAAUGCAACGAAUGUGGGCAGGCUUUCAGGCGCAGCUCCAACCUCAUUCAGCAUCAAAGAAUUCAUUCAGGGGAGAGACCAUAUGUGUGUGAGGAAUGUGGUAAGGCCUUCAGGCGGAGCUCAAAUCUCAUUAAACACCACAGGGUUCACACAGGUGAGAAGCCUUUCGAGUGUAAGGAGUGUGGGAAGGCCUUCAGCCAGAGCGCACACCUCAGGAAGCACCAGAGGGUUCACACUGGAGAAAAGCCCUAUGAAUGUAACGAUUGUGGCAAACCCUUCAGUCGUGUCUCCAACCUCAUUAAGCAUCACAGGGUUCACACUGGAGAGAAGCCUUACAAGUGCAGCGACUGUGGGAAAGCCUUUAGUCAGAGUUCCAGCCUUAUUCAGCACCGACGAGUUCACACUGGAGAGAAACCUCACGUGUGCAGCGUGUGUGGAAAAGCGUUCAGUUAUAGCUCAGUGCUCAGGAAGCACCAGAUAAUCCACACAGGAGAGAAGCCGUAUGGAUGUGGUAUCUGUGGAAAGGCCUUCAGCCACAGCUCAGCCCUCAUCCAGCAUCAGGGCGUGCACACUGGCGACAAGCCCUACGAGUGCCGCGAAUGUGGGAAGACCUUUGGUCGCAGCUCCAACCUCAUCCUUCACCAGCGAGUCCACACUGGAGAGAAACCCUAUGAAUGCACUGAGUGUGGAAAGACCUUUAGCCAGAGCUCAACCCUUAUUCAGCACCAGAGGAUUCAUAAUGGGUUGAAACCCCAUGAAUGUAACCAGUGUGGUAAGGCCUUCAACCGAAGCUCCAAUCUCAUUCACCACCAGAAAGUUCACACUGGAGAGAAGCCCUAUACGUGUGUUGAGUGUGGUAAGGGCUUCAGCCAGAGCUCACACCUUAUUCAGCAUCAGAUAAUCCACACUGGUGAGAGGCCGUAUAAAUGCAGUGAGUGUGGGAAGGCCUUCAGUCAGCGUUCAGUUCUGAUCCAACACCAGAGGAUUCACACUGGGGUGAAGCCCUACAACUGCGCUACUUGUGGGAAAGCCUUCAGCCAGCGGUCAAAGCUGAUUAAACACCAGUUGAUUCAUACCAGGGAGUAACUUGUGGGCUAAAAGGAGUAAAACUGAACCAUGGUUCCUUUCUGACACCUAUGGAUCCUUGUUUCAGCCUCUCCCUUCCCAGGCCUGAGGCUCACUCACUGCCCUCCACUCCAUACAAAGCCUGGAGCCCUCCUUGGAAACACUCUUUCCAGACUCCCUCCCCUUCCAUUGCUUUCAGAUCCUGUGAUCUCUCGUCUGUUUUUUCUGUUUUAUUUUUAUUAUGAGCAGACUGUCACAUUGGUUAGGUGGCAAAGAACAUGAGGGCCACAUAUUCAUGAAUGAAGUUUAUCAUGAUGAUGAAAAUUACCAAAAAGUAAAGUGAUCUUUGAUUGGAGAUAACCACAGUAACUCUUUUGUUAGUCGUGGGAGUGAGUUCUCUGUCAGUGACUGACUCACUCUCGCUCUCUCUAUAUAUAUAUAUACACAUACAUACACACACACACACGCAUAUAUACAUACAUAUAUAUACACACACAUAUUUAAUAUGACAUCAAGUGGAGGGAGUUUUCAGGUCUGAUUGCUCUCUUAUUGUCCCCAGAGGUGGUAUGCCAAUUAUUUAUUCUUCUAUCCCUCCCUUUCUGCAACUUGUACCCAGACCCCCACUGCCUUGCUUCCCUGUGCAUACCUGUGGUCAGUUAGUCAUCCUCCUUGCUGCUGUGCUAUGACCCAGGUCCCAGCCUCUGGUUUCUGUGCCUCCAGUGCUGGACCCACAAUGGCAGCUCUUUGUACCUCCUUUUCCAGUGAGGAAGCUUCCAGGAUCAAUCUUCUCCCAGAUCAGUCUUCAUCACCAGACAUCUUUUAAGCAAGUACCAGGUGCCCUGCCCUAGGGCCCACCUCCUCAGUGUCCCCUAUGCCCUGAAAAGGAGACAGGUUAGGUGCAACAUAGAUGUUACAAGAGAGGCCUCUGAACUCCAGCCAGCAAGUUGCAAGAACAGAGUGUCGCAGGACCCAGACAGAAUCUGACCCACCACCUGUCAGUAAAUAAAAGUUCUGUUGGGGUACA